GAAUACCACACUUGCAAGUCAUCCUCCAGGUGCCUCAGCAGAUUGCAGAAAAUGCAAAGCAGAAUAAGAACGUUGGACCUGAGGUGAAAUUGCAAGACUCACAGACUCUGGAAGCUCCAGCCUCUUAUGCAGACUGCUCUUCUCUUUCUACAGGUGUGCCGGGAGAGCUGGUGAAUUCUGAAGUGCAGAAGCCUUUUGACGACACUUUGGUACUCUGUGAGGCAAGAAGAGAUGGGUUUCCCAAUGGAAAUGAGCAGUUUACUGAGGAAAGUAGUCCACCUGGAAUUCUAGAAUAUCUUACUACAGAGAAACAGAAAGAGCUGUCAGUUUUGCUUCUGGAACUGAAAGAAGCCCAGGAAGAAAUAACUUUUCUGAAAAUGCAGCUCAAGAGCCCAAAAAGCCAAAGUUCUACAAGUAACCAAACAGGAGAAACAGCUAACCAGCUGGAAGACAAUUCCCAGAUACAGUUUCUUGAGAGGGAAGAGCAAACAGCUUCAGAUACACAAAAUGAGUUGAGCAGUAGCGCUGUCCCCUGCAGAAGGGAGAUGGAGGCAAUGCAGAAAGUUGCUACAGCAGAUCCAGAACCUGGCACAUCUCAGUCUCAAGAACUGAUGAAGUUACAAAACCAAAUUACAGAACUGCAAGUAAUUCUGCAGAAAUCAGAAGAAUCCUAUAAGAAAGAUCUAGGAGGAAAAGAUGCAGAAAUAAAUAGGCUAAGCCAAUUGGCUGAGGAAUACAGAACAAAACUAGAAGAUUCUGACAGUGCAUUUUGUGUUUUGACUGAAGAACGAGAUGAGCUCCUGUGUCAGAUGAAGGAACUUUCUACUGUAACAGAACUGAAAGAGCAAGUGAAGCAACUCGAGGAAAAUCUAGCUCUUUCGGAAAAGCAGAGACUGUCAGACAAUCAGAACAGUCUGCUGAGAGAACAAAUCCAGAGCCUUAAAAAUGAAUUUAAAUCCAAGGAGAUAAAAAUUGAAGCUUUGCAAAAAGACUUGGAUGAAGCGCAACUUCAGCUUUCUGACCAGGACAUGCAGCUAAAAGAUCUGAGAAGCCAGAUUGAGAGGAAGGAAUGUGAAGUACUUGAUCUAGAAGAACUUCUGAGGAAGAAUGCAGCUGAGAUAGAAGAGCUUUCCCAAAACUUAACCUCAAAGGGACAUGAAGCAGCAAGUCUAGAACAGCUUGUUGCUGAACACACCAGGUCUAUAGAGAGCCUGCAACAAACCUUGCUGGAGAAGGACCAACAGAUUACUGAGAUCAGUGUCAGCAUGUCUGAGAAAAUGGAAUUUUCUCUAGGAAAUGAGCUGAGGAGUCUUAGGGAACAAACAAGUCUACUAUUAAAAGCCCAGGAAGAAAAAGACCAAAAUAUAGAAGCAAAAGAUACAUAUCUGGAAUGUGGCACAUCGGAGCAGCAGUAUGACACAGAGGCAGCAUGUAAAGAAAGUGAGAUAUUAAUAAGUAAACUUGAGCUUCUGAAAAAAGAAAACGAGCAAGUAAAGCGGAAACUGCAAGCAGCACUUGUUAACAGGAAGGAGCUUCUGAAGAAGGUUAGCAAAUUAGAGAAUGAAUUAGUACAAUUGAGAGGAGACCACAAAACAGAAACCUCAGGGGCUCAAGAAGCAGAAGGGGAAGAAAACGUGACAAGUGUGGUAAGCAGAGAAAUGAUUCCUGAAGGCCAGCCUAGCGAGGAGUAUCUAAUUCAGCUGCUUUCUGAAAAAGAAUUUGAGUUGCAAAGCAUCCGGAAGGACCUGCUGCAUAAAGAAACUAUUGAAGCACAAUUGCAGGUAGUGAUUGAGGAAUUGAGGCAAAGCUUGCAAGGUAAGACAAACAUUGUUUCAAUUAAAGAUGAAAACAUGGAAAGUCAGACAAUUGCUGAUGAAGUAACUGAAACCAAUAGAAGCCCAAAAGAUUAUGUAGAAAAUGAAAAAAAUAGUUCAACAGUUACAAAUCUUGAAGAAAACCAAAAGUCUGCUCUGAAAGAGAGGAUUUCAAGUCUUGAACAAGAAAAAGAACAACUUCAAAAAAAACUUCAGGAAGCGCUGGUAUCUCGCAAAGACACUAUAAAAAAAGCUCACGAAAAAGACAGACAUCACAGAGAGCAACUGAAACAGCAGAAAGAUGAUUACAACAUCCUACAAGAAAAAUUUGAUAACCAAAGCAAGGAGAUGGAGAGCAUCCAAGCUCAGCUUAGACAACUCCGAGAACAGAAAGGAUCAACAAAGAAUGUUCUUGGGAAUCAUGGUGGCUUGGAUUCUUCAUGCAUAGAAGCAGAAGGUGCUGGAAAUAACAAGCUUGUACAAGUUGCAGAAGUUUCUGGGGAAGUAUUUAAGAAGGAACUUGAAAAAUUGCAGAUGGAGAAAAAGGAAUUGGAGUAUAACAUUAGCCAUACGCAAAGUGAACUUGCUUGCAAAUCAGAAUUAGUUGUUCACUUGCAAGAGCACAUAGCACAAUUGUUUCUGGAGAUAGAAGAGCUGAAGAGAACCUCUGACCAAGCUGAAAGUAAGGCAACAAGUCUUCAGACAGAAUUGGAGGAGAGUCAGGCAAAAAUUUCUAGAGACAGCAGUCUGGAAGACCUGAAAAUGCUUACGCACCAAAAGGAUGAAGAAAUUGAAUUUCUUAACUUGCAGUUAAGGGAGAAAAGUGAAGCUCUAAAUAACGUGCAGGCACAGUUGCUGGAAAAAGAAGACUCAAUCAAGAGACUACAAAGUCACUUGGAAACUCAAGCUCACAUACAUGAGGAACAAAGCAGGCGACUGCAGACAGAGUUGCUUGAAAUUCAGGAGAAGCAAGAUGACAGUGCAGAAGCAGCUAAGCAGAAGAAUCAAAUGCAGAGAAAGUUGCAAGCUGCACUUAUCUCUAGAAAAGAAGCACUAAAGGAGAGUAAAUCUCUAAAAGAGGAGCUGGCUAAUGCUAAAAGCACUAUUGAAAAUCUUUCUUUCAGGUUGACAAAUACGGAAAGCCAAAUAUGUGGCCAUGUUAAAGAAACAGAUACUUUAACGGAAAAGUUAGCGGACCUCACUGAAGAGCGAGAAAAACUUAUUGCAGAAGUUGAUAAAGUACUUGCAGAAAAUCAGAAUCUGGAUGGAUACUGUAAAAACCUGACGUUUACUCUAGAUACAGUUGUUCUGGAGAAGGAGAAGCUGGAGAAGGAAAUAGAAUCCUUGAAAUGCCUUCAAGCUACUGAGAAUUCUGAGUGGCAUGAGAAAUACAGGGAGCUUCAGAAAGAAUAUGAAACUCUCCUGCAGUCAUAUGAGAAUGUGAGUAAUGAGGCUGAGCGGAUUCAGCGUGUUUUGGAAACUGUUAGGCAGGAAAAACAGGAAAUAUUCAUUAAGCUGAAAAGUGUUGAAGCGAAAAAAGAAGAAACAGAUAAGCAGUUGCAGGAAGCUGGACAGGAAAUUGAUGGAAUGAAGGAGAAAAUGAGGAAAUUUGCAAAAUCAAAGCAACAAAAGAUCCUGGAACUGGAGGAGGAGAAUGAAAAGCUUAGAGCAGAGAUGCAUUUUACAGACGAGGAGCAACACAGGACUGGAGAUACCUUUAAAAAUGCUAGUCUGAAAGAUUUGGAGAGCUCUAGGAAGGACUACCAGUCUCUUUCUACUCAACUUGCGACAGUAAUGGCUGAAAAGGAGUCUCUUGCUCAAGAGAUUACAGAAUUAAAGUACUAUUUGCAGUUAACGGAAUCUAAGCUGAAAGAAAGCAGAGAACUGGUAAACAAGGAUGUUCCUCAGAAGACAAGAGGGCAAGAAACAAAUCAGGCCAUUGCCACAUCACCACCAAUGGAGAGGACUGAAAAUCAGAUGGACAGAAGUUUUAGACCAGAUUCUCCUACUGCACAGCUGGAACAAAAAGCAUUUGAAGGUAGUAGUCCUUGUGAAGAUCUUGGUACCUACAUACAGCAGAUAGCUGAGCUCACAGAGCGAAUCACAGAACUAGAAGAUAAUAGGAAGGCUUCGGAGCAACAGCUGGGUGACAUCCGCAUGCAUGUUGAGACUUUAGCAGGUGAGAAAAGGGCUUUGGAGACCCAAAUGGAAGAGAAAGUCCAUGAAUUGAACGCUCUUCAGGGCACAGUAGCAAAGAUGGAACAAACAAUCCAAAAAACCAAAGACGACCUCGUCAGGAUGACAGAACUGAAGGAAAUCCUAGAGGCUGAGAAAGAUGAUUUGGAAGAAAGGCUUAUGAAUCAGCUGGCAGAACUUAAUGGCAUUAUUGGAAACUAUCAGCAAGAUGCAACAGACUUCCAGAUCAAAAAUGAGCAACUGAAACAGGAGCUUCAGAGUUUGCAGAAAAUAAUGCAUGAACUGGAGGAGGAGAAAUGUCAGAUGGCAAAGGAGAAAAGUGAAGCAAAUUCAGAAAAGCAAAAGGAAUUUGUAGAAAAGCUAAAAUGCAAUUGGAGGGGAGACAGCAGCACACAUGUAAAGGAGCUUCAGGAACUGCUGAAACAAAAACAGCAGGAGAUUAAGCAGCUGCAAAAGGACUGUAUUAAAAGCCAGGAGAAGAAUAGUAGUUUAGAAAGAACUGUUAAAGCUCUGGAAUUUCUGCAGAGUGAGUCUCAGAAAGAGGUAGAAGCAGCCAAAGAGUCUUUAGCUAAAGCUGUCGAAGACACCAAGAAAGCCCAAGCAGAACUUGCUCUCUGCAGAGUAAUAUUGGAUGACACCCAGAGUGAGGCAGCAAGGGUUCUAGCAGAGAGUGUCAAAGUGAAAGAAGAGUUGCAGGCAAACAAAGAGAGUAUCAGAAUUCAAAUGAAGAAAAAAGAUGAGGACUUUGAGAGAAGACUGGAACAGGAAAAAGACAAGCAUUCAAAGGAAAUUAAAAACAUGGAAGAAAAGCUGGCAACUUUGCAGAGGGAGAAAGGCUGUAUGGAAACAACUGUUGGUGACCUUCAAGACUCCUUGAAGACAAAGGAUCAAGAAGCCAAGCAAUUGGAAGGCAGCCUAACCAAAACACUAGCCCAGCUUGCAGCCUUCACCAGGAGCAUGUCUUCCCUUCAGGAUGACAGGGAUAGAGUGAUAGAUGAAUCAAAAACAUGGGAGAAGAAAUUCACUGAAACUAUUCAAAAGAAGGAGAAAGAAAUACGUUCAAAAGAGGAAACUUGUGUUGUGCUGAAGGACCAGAUGAAGCAAAUGACCAUGCAUGUGGAAGAACUUCAGAAUCGUAUAUACAGGCUGGAAUGCAACAAGAAAGACCAGGAGUCUGAAUCCAGGAAGGAGAUUCAGCACCAUCAAAAAACAUGUGAAAUGUUGCAAGAGGAAAAAAAGGACCUUUUGACUCAGCUUGAAGGCUCUCAGAAGCUGUAUAGCAAGUCUCAGAAUGAACAGCAGAAACUGGAGUCAGAAAUCAGCAACCUGAGAGGCCAACUUGCUGACUUACAGAAUUCCCUCACCAAAUGUGAACUGGUCAAAGAAGAGCUGGGGUGUAUGGUCAAGCAACAAGAGACCAGUAUCCAGAAUUUUAAAUUAAGCUGUCAACAGCUUGAGGCUGAUCUUCAAGCUUCCAAGGACCUAACAAAUAAACUGCAUGAAGAAACUAGCGCCAAGGAUCAAAAGAUCAUUAGUUUGCUGUCUGCCAAGGAAGAAGCAGUUAUGGCUGCUCUGGCUGAACUGCAGCAACAACAUACUGAAGAGAUGAAAGAGUUGGAGCAUAGACUAAGUAAAGAGGAAGAAGGAAAAAAAGCCUUGGAAAAUGAGAAGAACAAAUUUCUUGACAAACUUGAUAGUCUCACUGAAAAGAUGAAGAUAAGCAGAGAAGAAAGUAAGCAGCAGAAGGCACAACUGGACUCCUUCACCAAGUCAAUGUCAUCUUUGCAAGAUGACAGAGACCGCAUACUGAGAGACUACAAGCAACUUGAGGAACGUCAUCUUGUUAUAAUCUUGGAAAAAGACCAGCUCAUUCAAGAGGCUGCCACUGAAAACAAUAAGCUCAAGGAAGAAAUUAGGAGUUUUCAUAGCCAGAUGGAUGACCUCAACUCUGAGAAUGCCAAACUCAGUGCAGAGUUGGUGCGGUGUAGAGAAGACCUGAACCAAGUGAUUUCAAUAAAGGACUCCCAACAGAAACAACUUCUCAAAACACAGCUUCAGCGGAUCCAAACUCUGGAAAACGAGAAGGCGAUCAUGGAAGCACAGCUGAAAGAGUCCAAGCAUGCUCAAGAUGAUCUCAGGAAAUGCAUAGAAACCUUGAGAGAGGAUAAAGUCAGUAUGUCUCAAGAGAUGGAAACCCUUAUGUCCUCUCUGUCUCAGGUGCAGGGUGAGAUGACAGCCUUAUGUGAGGGGGGUCCUAUCUUGGAGUGUCAAGCACAACUAAAGGCCCGAGAGAAAGAGGCACAAGAACUGAGUCAUAAGCUUUCCCUCUCAGAGAAAAGGAUAACAGAACUUGAGGGGGAACUAGUAUGUGUUCAAAGGGAUGCAGCCAAGAAAGUGGGAGAGGCUGAAGACAGGCUUCGAAAGGAAUUGAAGCAUCUACAUCAUGAUGCAGGGAUAAUGAGGAAUGAAACAGAAACAGCGGAAGAGAGAGUAGCAGAGUUGGCACGGGACUUGAUGGAAAUGGAACAGAAAUUUCUUGCAGUCACAGAUGAAAACAAAGAUCUCAGAGCUCAAAUACAGUCUUUUGGGAAGUCCAUGAGCUCUCUCCAGGAUAGCCGGGACCAGGCCAAUGAAGAGCUUCAUGCUUUGAAGCAGAAAUACUCUGCAGACUUAGAGGGACAAAAGAGUCUGGUGCAGAAUCUUCAGAAACAGGUAGUUCAGCUACAAGAGGAGCAGUAUUCCACUGCCAGGGACCGAGAUACAGUGAGGUCUGAGCUGACAGAACUGCAGAAAGCCACUGAUGAAAGAGGUCUCUUGGCUGAGAUUGAGAAACUUAAUCAGAAGCUCAGAGCCAAAGAUGAUGAGCUUCUCCAUUUGUCUUCAGAACUGGAAAGCUCUUCCAACCAAGUCAAAUCUUUCUCCAAGGCUAUGGCAAGCCUACAGGAUGAGCGAGACCGUCUGCUGGAUGAACUGGGAAAAACACAGAAGAUUGAAGAAGUGAAACAAAAAGCAGAAGGGAGCACCUUCACCAGUCCUUCAGAAGUGCAGAGUCUUAAGAAAGCACUGUCCUCCUUGCAGAAUGACAGAGACAGAGUAGUAACAGAGCUGAAGAAUCUGCAGCAGCAAUACAUACUAGUUGGGGUAGAAUCAGCUGAAAAUUCUCGCUUAAAAGCACAACUGCAGGAAUAUCAGCAAGACAUAGAUAAACAGCACCGUCUCCAAGAACAGCUGAAGCAAGAAAAUAUUUUCUACCAGCAGGAGCUCCAGCAGCUUAGACAAGAGAAAUGCACCUGGGAAAAACAGAACAGCAGCACAAAGGAGCACUACCUGAUGGUCAUAGCAGAAAAAGACGAGCAACUGAGCUAUUUACAAAAGAUGACUGAAGAAAGGAGACUACCCCUGAGCAAGUCUCAGAUUGCAGAGGAGCAGUACCAAACGAAGAUGUCUUCAGAAGUUCUGAGAGGGGACUUUACAAGCGUAGAAACUGAGACAAAACAUCUCCAGGCUCAGCUAAGUGACAGCCUGAAAGAACUGCACCAAAAAGAGCUCAGGAUUCAGCAGUUAAACAGCAAGCUAUCUCAGGUCUUUGAGGAGAAAAAUGCCCUCGCCCUCCAACUGCGCGGUAGCAAUCGGAACAUCUGUGAAAACCAUCAACACUAUAGUGAGGUUCUGAACCGUUGCUUGGAGCUUGAGAGACAGCUCCAGGAGCUGCAGUCUGCAGACAAGGGCAUGGAGUUGUUUGCAACAGAUGCUGCUCCAGGAGCACCCCAGGAAAAGAAUGAGCCUCAGAGAGGCAGUUACACACCAGAACUUCAGGAGUUGCAGCUGAGGUUGUCUGAAACAGAACGUUUACAUAACAACACAAAGCAGGAUCUGAGGUAUUUAGAGGAGCAGCUGGAGGAAGAACGGGACCGUCGUCUUGCUGUAGAGGAAGCACUCUCUGAAGCACAGGAUCAGAUCAGGAGGUUGCAGUCAAGCGAGUGGACGUCUUCCUUAAGCGCUAGCAUUGAUAUGACUCCGGGUCAUGAGCAUUCCUUGCUGAUUGACUCCAUGGACAGUAAUUCCAGCAAAACUCGGAAUAUUGUUGGACUACGACGCCUGUUACGCUCUCUCUUCCAUUCCCGGACCCACUUGCCUCUGCUAGUGGCCAUGUAUCUGCUUGCUGUCCAUGUCCUGCUCUUCCUGUGCUUUACAGGCCACCUAUGA